AUGGCAGUUGAGCCAGUGGCCGAUAAAAAAUGGGCUUCCAGGAACACCAGGGUAGAUCUGGCCUACCUAGCCUCCAUUUGGGCACCAACUUGUGAUCAAGAGGCACUUAGGAUGAUGAUUGACUGGAACCAUUGGGUCUUUCUUUUUGAUGAUCAGUUCGAUGAAGGUCAUCUCAGUCGAGAUCCAGAAGCAGCCCAAGAAGAGAUCAACCGAACUCUGGAAAUCAUGGAGGACACACAGCCCCCCCGGUGUGGCAGAGACCAGCAACAACGAUGGAAAUAUAUGCAUCGACAUUUUUUUGAUGGAUUGUUGAAGCAGGUCAAAGUAAUGCAUAGUCAUCAGGCUCUUGGGCGCGAUGUCCAAGAGUACAUGGAUAUGCGCAGAGGGACGAUCGGCGCAUACUCAGCUAUUGCCCUUACUGAGUACGCCAUUGGAAUCAAUCUUCCACCGGAGGUUAUAUCUGGUUCUCCUAGUCAAUGUUAUUCUAUCAUACAAAAAAAAUCUGGUAGGUUGGCCAAGCAGCACAUGUCCAAGACUGUCGAAGCUGAGACAUUCUUCAGGCAUUGGGAGUUGAUCAUAAUUUGA